CAAAUGUGGAGCCAGAUGCUACGUCCAUUUGUAUAUAAAGUCUGGUUCAAGUCUGUGUAAAAUGCUGGAUAGUCUAACAUAGACUUUUAAUCUGAAAUCGACUUGCCGUAUCAAUCAGCCCCGCCCUCUCUACGUUGGCUGCCUUAGUAGACCUCCACGGCAGCGCCCACCGCUGGAUAUCAACAUGUCAGCUGUACUCGACGUAAUCACCUUCGGGUAUCAGGAUUUCUGUCAAGACGGUAAACGACGAACAGCAGUUUGCAAGACGUGCAACGUGAAAAUCACAGACAGUCAGACGACAACGUCAAAUUUCGUCCGACAUUUGAAGACCCAUUCGGCCCAAUAUGCAGAGUAUGAAAGGAAAAGAAAUGCCUGCGCUGAUGCCACACAGCCUGCAAGUUCCCAGUUCCUCCAAUGUCGUCCUCAGGAAGCCUAUUCAGCGAAUCAUCCCAGACAGAAGGCCAUAACACAAGCCAUUGUAACAGACCUGGUAGUAGGGUGUAAUAUGCCUCUUUCCAUCACAGAAAAUGGGCAUUUCCGUCACUUCAUGUCUGUGGCUGACUCUAAGUACCAGCCUGUCUGCCGUAGGACCGUGGCUUCAACAAUAGAAUCCCUUGUUGCCGAUAUGCAGGAGAAAAUAAAAGUGCUUCUUGCUGGUGCAGACCAUGUAUCAGUUACAGUGGAUAUUUGGUCUGACAGGAGGAUGUGUGGCUUUUUGGGAGUCACAGGCCAUUUUUUGGCCACAUCUGAGGGAAUUCAGCUGAAAUCAUACUUGCUUGCCUGCAACAGGUUCAAAGGCCCUCACACAGCAGAACGGAUUUUGGAAGCCUUCGAUUCCAUCUGUGAUGAAUAUGGCAUCCGAAAAAAGCUUGACUUUGUUAUUUGUGACAAUGCUGCAAAUAUGAAGCGAGCAUUUACAGUUUGCUUUCCAAAUGAAGAAGAUGGUGAAGUAACGGAUGAUGACAACCUGGAUGACGCACAGCUGUGGGAAGACCUCUCGAGGGGUGAAUGGGAGACUGUGGACCGCAUGAUCCACAGAGGAAGCCCUAAACGUCAGCCAUGCUUUGCCCAUACUCUGCAGUUAACUGUUGGUGAUGGUCUCAAGGAUGCACGGAUCAUGAACAGUGCCUUUGCAAAGUCCUCCAAACUGAGCUCACUUCUACAUACGUCCAGCACCUUUAAAGAUGCAUUUGAAGAGAAGUUUGGGCAGCGAGAGAUACCUGCUACUGUGAAUACACGGUGGAAUUCAACUCUCCGCCAAGUCAAGGCUGUGCUCUCAUUCACUCAUCAGGAACUGUGCAGUGUGGUUCAGCACACAGGCCACAACCAACUGGCCUUCUCAAGUAGGGAGUGGAACCUGAUGAAGGAACUAUGUGAUGUGCUACAGCCAUUUGCUGAGGCCACUGAUCUUACUCAGGGAGAGAAGAUUGUGACGGUCAGCUCUGUCCUCCCCUGUGUAUUGUCACUAAACCACCACCUGGAAAAGCUCAAACCACAAGUGCGCUUCCUGGGAAGCAUGAUCCAUAGCCUGCAAUGCUCUCUCAAGAAAAGAUUCCGGGGGAUCUUUGUUAAUGUGAAAAUGUUAUCAGCAGCACCAGGAGAAGAGCUACCAUUUGCAGACCCACUCUACAUCAGAUCAGCUGUCCUGGAUCCAGCUUUCUCCAUGUUGUGGCUUCAGCACGAUGUGCUUGUGACUGAUGACAUCAAGAACGACAUUGUUGACAUGGUGAAAGAUCUGAUUCUAUGUGAGGUGCAACCUGACACAGCAUCCCUGAGUCCUGCAAUCAAAGAUGAAAAUGAAAUCCAGGAAGAGACCACAGGCCUUUUUGCGGAAUACAGAAAACGCCGAAAGCAGGAAAGCACGAAUACCAACCCAGAGACCCAACUUAAUACUUACUUCAGUCUUUGUUGUGGGCAGGCUUGCCUGCCCUUCUGGAACACGUACAGGGACAUCCUCCCGGCACUUUUUCCAGUGGCAGUGAGGGCACUUUCAGUACCGGCCUCAAGUGCCCCUGUGGAAAGAGUCUUCAGCCAUGGAGGCAUCCUCAUGAGGCCACAUCGUGCCCGGCUGGCAGAUAAGACCCUAUCGAACCUGAUAUUUUGCAAGUCCAAUACUUUGUAAAAUGGGAAUUAGUGUGUGUGUGUGUGAGUGAGGGAGCGAGAGUGUGUGUGUAUACGUGAGUGAGUGAGAGACAGAGUGAGUGUGAGGGUGAGUAUAUGUGUGCAUAUGAAAGUGUGUGAAAGAGAGAUGGAGUGUGUGUUUGUGUGUGAGAGAGAGAGAGGACUUUAACGAAGUUUAGCUGUUAUUUGUUUUCAUUGUUUGUUUCAACGCAGUGUUCAAAAAUCAUUUCAUUUUGCGUGUGUGUGUGUUAUCAAUAAAUAAUUUUAUGAUGUUAUUACUGUUUAGUUUGAUUCUAUGAGGUAUUUUACUGAACAUGAGUAUUUACAAAGCAAAUCCAAAUUAUCUUUUUAACAUGUUGGGCACAUUAGCCAGUGAUGUUUACUAAUAAUUACUUAUAUCUUGUUAUUUCACUUUAUUAAGAUCAUAUUCUGCUGGUAAAAUUACAAUAAUGUGACUUGACUUGGACUUGACUUGCCCAAGAAAAAAAUACAUGGGACUUAGCUGAGACUUGAAGGUUAAGACUUGAGACUUACUUGAGACUUGCACAUGUGUGACUUGGUCCCAUCUCUGAUUGUAGUCAAAUGAUAUGAAGUAUGGAUAUCUAUAACUGUGUUCCCUUAAAUCACCAUUACAUUGUUGUCUCACAUUUUGAAAUUAAAAAUGCAUACCACA